AUGUUCCGCGCUGCUGCUCGUGCUGUCGCCCCUGCUUCUUCUUCUUUCCGCCAGAGGGUACUCCCUCAGUCUGUGGCUGCCACGCGACACUUCUCUCAAUCACAUGUAGUAGCAUUCGAGUUGAGGCCCACGUCACUGGACACAUUCACGGAGGAGGAGGAGAUGCUCCGCGAGUCCGUCAGGAGGUUCGCGGAGGAUGUCGUGGCACCCAAAGUCCGUACCAUGGAUGAGGAGGAGAGGAUGGAUCCCAGUGUCAUCAAGGCGCUCUUUGAGCAGGGCCUUAUGGGCAUUGAGACCAGCGCGGACCACGGCGGCGCCGAGUCUUCCUUUACUUCCGCAAUCAUUGCAAUUGAGGAGCUCGCACGCGUCGACCCCUCGGUAUCCGUCAUGUGCGACGUUCAUAAUACUCUCGUGAACACCGUUGUCCGCAAGUACGGCACCAAGGAGCAGCAGGACGAGUGGCUUCCUAGGCUCUCUGAGUCCAUGCUCGGCUCCUUCUGCUUGUCAGAACCGGCCUCAGGUUCCGAUGCGUUUGCUCUGCAGACAAGGGCGGUGAAGGACGGUGACGACUGGAUCAUCAACGGCACGAAAAUGUGGAUCACCAACUCAUAUGAGGCCGACUUCUUCCUCAUCUUCGCCAACAUUGAUCCCAGCAAGGGCUACAAGGGCAUCACCUGCUUCAUCGCGACCAAGGACAUGGGCAUCCAAAUCGCCAAGAAGGAGCAGAAGCUCGGCAUCCGCGCCUCCUCCACCUGCUCCCUCGCCUUCGACGACCUCCGCGUCCCCGCCGCGAACGUCCUCGGCGGCGAGGGCAAGGGCUACAAGAUCGCCAUCGAGAUCCUCAACGAGGGCCGCAUCGGCAUCGCCGCCCAGAUGCUCGGCCUCGCCCAAGGCGCGUUCGACAAGGCGGUGCCCUACACCUUCCAGCGCUCGCAGUUCGGCCGGCCGGUCGCCAGCUUCCAGGGGCUCGCCUUCCAGCAGGCCGAGGCCGCGGUCCAGCUCGAGGCCGCGCGGAUGCUCACCUACAACGCCGCGCGCCGCAAGGAGGAGGGCCGCGAGUUCGCGCGCGAGGCCGCGAUCGCCAAGUACGCCGCGAGCCAGGUCGCGCAGAAGGUCUCUGGCGCGGCCAUCGAGUGGGCUGGGGGCGUCGGCUUCACGCGCGAGACGGGGAUCGAGAAGUAUUGGCGUGACUCGAAGAUCGGCGCUAUCUACGAGGGGACGUCGAACAUACAGCUGCAGACUAUCGCCAAGUUCAUCCAGAAGCAGUACUCAUGA